AUGUCUUUGAGUCAGAAAAUAAUCAAGGAGACAAAUGGCCAAUACGUUUUCUCGGCCUAUUCCAUUUGGUUGACCUUGGCUGCGUUCGCCGAGAGAGCUGGAGGUUCAGCACGCCAAGAGCUGUUUGAGGUUCUCGGUUUACCUGAAGACGAAUGCAGUCGCCACAGCUACUACCAGCUUGGUUUGCAAGGCGAAAAAUUCGGUUUGGAUGUGUCUUUGCCGAGAACGCGGCUGUAUUUGGUCGACGAAUCCAUAAAAAUCAGCGACGACUGGCUUAAUUUCGCGAAGAAUUACUGCGGUUUGACCAUAAGAGCAGUGCCGAUGAAACGCAACCCACAAUUGACUGCUGUUAUAAUACGUGAGGCUAUAUCUUCGUUUCUGCCCAGCCUUAAUUUUAAGGGAGAUUCAGUGUUGUUAGACUCCUUGGAUUAUAAGGGUCUGUGGAACGAAGCCUUUCCGGAGACGAGAAUCUUUCGCGAACCGUUCCACGAUAAUUCAGGCAAUGUUAUCGGUGCAGUUGACAUGAUGCGAACUAGGAAACGCAUUAAAAUGACAUAUGACCAUACUUUGAAGGCAACUAUAGCUGAGAUUCCGGUAGGGCAUAACGCACAAUACCGGUUUAUUUUCGCAAUGGGUGACGGAAUCACAGAAGCCCUUGCUAGUGCAGACAUAGACACGUUGAUUGAGUUGCUGACCAACCUGAACGAUACUCGUGUACCGAUAGAAAUAGCGAUACCACGAUUCAUUAUUGUAUCUGAAUUAGACGUGAGGACUUUGUUGGAAAGUAUCGGUGUGGAGAGUCUCUGGACAGAUCCUAUGGCUACCGGAAACAUAACCAGUCCUCCAGCCUCGCCUUCCACGUUCAUCCAACGCGUGACAGCGACAAUAAAGAAUAGAGGCGCCAUUUUACCUCAAGACCAGGGGUUCAUACAAGAGUCGCACGGAGACGAAUUCAUCGCCAAUAGACCGUUUAUGUUCUGUUUGCUCGACGACACUUACACGGUUUUGUUCUCUGGAGGUUUUUCACAGCCAACCUAUAAAUGA